GGCAAGCAGGAGCAGGCUCAUUGUAACAACAACAAUUUCCGCGCGUUUUUGCAUUACUAAAAGUAAUCGAAGUUUGAGCGAAUAGUGCGUGGGUUUCAGAGCAACGAACUGGACGUUCAAGCCGAGACGAAAAUGUCUAACCAGGUGAAAGGCAGUGGUUGGCCCAGGAGGUCCAGUAACAGUUCGUUCGAGGGAAAGUUGCCAGCUAACCCCUCUGUCACCAUCAAUCGGACGAUUAACUUAUAUCCUUUGACAAACUAUAAAUUCGGAACAAAAGAGCCACUGUUUGAAAAGGAUCCGUCCGUUCCGGCUCGAUUUCAACGUAUGAGAGAUGAAUUUGACAAAAUUGGCAUGCGCAGAAGUGUUGAAGGAGUUCUGCUUGUCCAUGAACACGGAUUGCCUCAUGUGUUGAUGCUUCAACUUGGUACAACUUUCUUCAAACUACCUGGAGGAGAACUCAAUGCUGGAGAAGAUGAGGUGGAGGGCCUAAAGAGGCUCUUGACAGAGAUUCUUGGAAGUCAAGAUGGUGUAAAACAAGAUUGGUUGAUAGAAGACACAAUUGGAAAUUGGUGGAGACCAAAUUUUGAACCACCUCAGUAUCCUUACAUUCCACCACACAUAACAAAACCAAAAGAACACAAAAAAUUGUUCCUAGUUCAACUGCAAGAAAAAGCUGUUGUUGCGGUACCAAAGAAUUAUAAGCUCGUGGCAGCACCUUUGUUUGAAUUAUAUGACAAUUCUCAAGGAUAUGGACCAAUAAUAUCGUCACUUCCACAAGCUCUUUGUAGAUUUAAUUUUAUAUACAUGUAAAAAAAAAUUGUAAAAAUUUAUUUAUUAGGUAUAAUUACAAUCGCAUUGAGAUUAAUUAUUGGCAAAAAAUCAAUUUAUUUCUUGGAUGUAACAGUUCUCAAUAAAUCUUUUUUAUAAAAAAA